AUGAGUAAUGCAGCCAACCAAAAUGGAUCAGGUCUAGAGCAGCGUUUAGCUGAUCUGGACUUGCAGGACUCUCACCAACCAAGUGGGGGUCGCUACGUACCACCGCAUUUACGCAAUAAACCUACUAACGGGACACCUGGCAGAGAGGAACCCUCUUCCAAUUCGCGUUAUCAGGAGAGAGAUCGCGGUAACUCACGGGAACAAGAUCGUGAGAGGGAUCAUGGUAGCAGUUACAGAGACGUCAGGGUCAACCGUGACGCUGAUUUCGGGAAUUUCGGGCGCAACAGACGCCCUCAGGAGAACGGACGAGACUUUCGUUCUGGAGGAUACGGCGAGCGAGAUCGCCCGGUGGGAAAUGACCGUUGGAACGAGCAGAAAAACGACCGCUGGCAGGACAAUAGAAAUGAGUCCCGCGGUGGGUCUAUGGGAGGCAGAUGGAAGGAUGAGUCUGGAUCAGGAGGAAAAGGAGGCAGAGGCGAGGUGGACUGGACAAUUCCCACCACCCGAGACGAACGUCUCGAGCAAGAGCUCUUUGGAAUCGGCAACACGGGUAUUAACUUUAGCAAAUAUGAGGAUAUCCCGGUUGAGGCGACUGGCGACAACAUACCGAGCCACAUCACAUCUUUCAGCGAGGUCAAGCUGACAGAGAUAAUAAGAAACAGCAUCACUUUAGCUGGUUACGAUACUCCGACGCCGGUUCAGAAGUAUGCUAUUCCGAUAAUAAUUAGUCGUCGUGAUGUGAUGGCCUGCGCUCAGACCGGCUCCGGCAAGACUGCGGCAUUCUUAGUGCCAAUUUUGAACCAGAUUUAUGAGGGCGGUCCUCUUCCACCCCCACCCCAGGCCGCAGGUGGCCGACGUAAACAAUAUCCUCUAGGUCUAGUAUUAGCUCCGACUCGUGAAUUAGCGACUCAGAUUUAUGAUGAGGCUCGUAAAUUUGCCUAUAGAUCUCGAAUGCGACCUGCUGUUGUCUACGGUGGAUCUAACAUUGCGGACCAGAUGCGCGAGCUGGAUCGUGGCUGUCAUUUAUUAGUAGCUACACCUGGUCGGCUCGUUGACAUGCUUGGCCGCGGUAAAAUUGGACUGCACAACUGCCGUUUCCUGGUUCUCGAUGAGGCUGAUCGUAUGUUGGACAUGGGUUUUGAGCCCCAAAUUCGGCGCAUCGUCGAAGAAGACACUAUGCCAGGUACUGGAGAACGUCAGACGCUCAUGUUCUCAGCAACGUUCCCCAAAGAAAUCCAGAUGCUUGCUCGUGAUUUCCUCAGUAAUUAUAUUUUCUUGGCUGUUGGUCGCGUCGGUUCGACCUCUGAGAAUAUUACACAGAAAAUCGUCUGGGUGGAAGAGCACGACAAGCGAUCAUAUUUACUAGAUUUAUUACAAGCGUCUUCUUAUGAGAACGCCGAAGAGUCCCUUACCCUGGUGUUCGUGGAGACCAAAAAGGGAGCAGACAUGCUCGAGGACUUCCUCCACUCCAUGGGUUACCCGGUGACAAGUAUCCACGGCGACAGAACUCAGCGCGAGCGUGAGGACGCUCUGCGUAGAUUUCGCGGAGGAAAAACCCCCAUUCUCGUAGCCACUGCUGUCGCCGCUCGUGGUUUGGACAUUCCACACGUUAAGCACGUUAUUAACUUUGAUUUACCUGGUGAUGUCGAGGAGUACGUUCAUCGUAUUGGUCGUACCGGACGUAUGGGUAAUCUUGGACUCGCCACGUCUUUCUUCAAUGGCAAGAAUCAUAAUCUGGUACGUGAUCUGGUGUCACUGUUAGUUGAGGCUAAUCAAGAGCUUCCACCGUGGCUCGAGAACUUGUUCUCUGAUGUCAAGCACUCAGGAGGAGCUAGACGUCCUGGUGGAACCACUAAGAACACUCGUUUUGGCAGCGGGGGAUUUGGUGCUAGAGAUUACCGUCAGCAACCUAGCUCUGGCAUGGGCAACCGUAAUGGCCCUUCAAGCAGACCUGGUGGUUAUGGUGGAAGCUACGGUGGUGGUGGUGGUGGUGGCGGAUAUGGAGGCAACUUUAAUUCAUCAUACAACACAGCUAAUAAUGGUGGCAAUUGUGGUGGUACUGACUGGUGGGGAAAAUAG